AUGCCAUUUCUUGGCCUGACGAACCAUGUCUCCAUCCACGGCCUGAUAAGAUUCGAUAUGCCAAGCGACUCGCCGCCUCCAAACUCUUCCCUCGACUUGCUUCUCGCCGAAACAGCCAAACAAACAUGGGUACCCUCAUGGCAGAGCUCAGCUGGCUGGUUGGAAGAGCAAUCCACGACCAUCUUGCAGAAUCUCGAACCUCCAACGAAUCAAAACCCAGGCCACGCCAUGAUCGACCACUACCACGUCGCAGACUUUCCAUCCGAUGGAAGCUUGGCCAAAUCGAUCAAGCCAGUGCAACUAUAUGGCCGCGACAAUUACAUGCGUUUCCGGAGCAAGGUUGCUUCCGCCAACCCGGGCCUGCGUCUGGAAGUUGUCGAUACGACCUCAAAGCUGGAUGAGCCCGCAGGCAAAGCUACGGUCUGUGUCACUUGCCGAUUGGUAAACUACACCACACGUUGA